AUGUUGAAACAACUUGCCCUCGGCCUGUUGGCUGCCCAAACCGCUGCUAGCCUGCGGUUUGCCAUGUACAUUGACGAAUACCACACGACCGAUCUUCCUAGCACACCCCAAACAGCUGAAAUCGAUUAUGCUAUCAUGGCCUUUGCGCCGACGACGCUGUUCAACUCGGACUCGCCGCCCUCGUUCAAGCCCUUCGAGGCCGUGGACACCAUGCGGCAGCGUUUCGCUCCGGGCACCAAGGUGAUGAUUGCCAUUGGUGGAUGGGGCGACACUGCAGGCUUCUCCGCGGGGGCCAAGGACGAUGCCAGCCGGGCACGCUUCGCGAAGAACGUCGCCUCCAUGCUGGACGACAACGGGUUCGACGGUGUCGACAUCGACUGGGAGUAUCCCGGCGGCAAUGGCCAAGACUACAAGCAAAUCCCCAACGCUGACAAGGUCUCCGAAAUUGAGACCUACCCCAAGUUCCUCGCCGCUGUGCGUCAAGCAAUCGGCAACAAGACCCUUUCGAUUGCCGUCCCCGGCCGCAAGCAGGACAUGAUUGCCUGGAACAAGGAUACGGGCCCCGAGAUCUUCAAGUCCGUGGACAUGGUCAACGUCAUGAGCUACGACCUGAUGAACCGCCGUGACAACGUUACCGCCUUCGCUAGCAGUGUUCAGGGUUCUCUGGCUGUUAUCCAGGAUUACCUUGACUUUGGCGCUGAUCCCGAGCUUCUCAACCUUGGGUUUGCCUACUACGCCAAGUGGUUCACCACUGACCCGAACUCGGACUGCGAUGUGCACCCUAUCGGCUGCAAGGUCGUUCAGCUGGAGAACCCCGACGGCAGUGACAAUGGCAAGUCCGGUGCCUUUACUUUCGAGAAGAGCAAUAUGGCCCCUCCCCCGCCUAAUCUGACGACUUCCUACAACGGCAAGUGUGGUUAUACUGAGGCUACCAAGUGCCCCGAUGGCACGUGCUGCUCCGCCUACGGAAACUGUGGUACUGCCGAUGACUUCUGCAUGGCUGGCUGCCUUUCGGACUACGGAACCUGCAAGGGCAUCUCAAUCACCGACUCAUGGCGCCGCGCAGAGAAGUACGGCAAGACCGACGAGAAAGAGGGCGGCCAGUACUACUGGGACAAGGAUACCAACCUUUUCUGGACCUGGGAUACCCCUGCCCUCAUCGCUGAGAAGUUCAAGGAUAUCGUUGAGGCUAAGAACAUCGGUGGUGUUAUGGCUUGGAGCCUGGGUGAGGAUACUUACAAGUUUGCUCACCUUGAUGCUAUGCAGGAUGGUGUCCGAUCUGCUACUACGAAGGGAGAUACCAAUGGUAUUCAGAAGCCUGCCAUUGCGGAGAUGAAGAAGGCUGUUCAGAAGGAGGGUAUGAAAAAGGCUGUUCAGAAGGGGGGUAUGAAAAACGCUGUUCAGAAGGGGGGUAUGAAAAAGGCGAUUAAGGGUGCUAAGACGAUGGCCAAGAUGGGUGCUCACCAGCAAGGCUGA